AUGUCAUCGUAUGUUGAUAAUGAUUCUUCUACCCGACCACCUAUGUUUGAUAAAGAUGAUUUCAGUGGGUGGAAAGGUCGUAUGUCUUUGUUCCUUGAAUCCAUUGACAACAAUAUGCCUGACAUCCUUGUGGAUGGUCCUUAUGUUCCUACAUCGACUUUUGUGAUUGAUGCUGUGGUCAGGGAAGGUCAACCAACCAUUCCUGCCACAGUCAAAUCCAUUGUUAAGGACAAGACAGAUUGGGGAGAUGAGGAUAGGAGAUUGGCCAACUUGGAUGUGAAGGCACGUAACUUCAUUGUCCAAGCUGUGCCUAAAGACAUUUACCAUUCAAUUAAAAUGUGUUCUACAGCAAAGAAAAUGUGGAGUACAUUGACUGUCAUGUUUGAGGGUUGCUCUACUUCCAUGGAAUCUACCACUACUACUCUCACUAGGAGGUAUGAGAGAUUUUUCUCAUUGAGAAAUGAAUCCUUGACUGACACUCAUACUCGCUUUAAUGCUUUAGUGAAUGAUUUAGCUGCUGUUGGAAUUACUAAGAAAACUGAUGUGUUGAAAAGUAAAUUUCUUGAUUCAUUACCACCUAAAUGGAAUAAUUAUAUUUCUUCUAUGAAACUAAGUUCUGUGUAUCAAGAUCUUGAUCUCCCUGGACUUUUUGGUUUACUUCAUAAUCAAGAAUGUUCAGAAGCUGAGAAACUAAUUGUUGUGGGUGAUUCUUAUAGUCAGCCUGCUAGUGCAAUUGUUGCAUCUAUGACUGAACACCCUAGUUCAAUUUCUAAUGAGAUCAUUCCAUGCAUCAAUGAAUCUGUUCCUGUGAUUUCUAACACAAAUUCUGUUUGUUCUGAAUCUGAUGUUGAUGAAUCUGAUGGUGAGGACCUAGCCAAUGAGGUGGCUUUGUUAGCUGAAAGGAUAAGAAGGAGAUCAUUCAAUAAAUUCAAAGGAAAAGGUAGAAGUGGGCAAGCUGAUAAGACCAAGAAGCCAUUUGACGUGUCCAAGGUCACUUGCUACAAGUGUGGUAAGCCUAGACACAUGGCUGGUGAUUGUAGAUCCAAAGAGUCUUCUCAAGCUGUGCCAUCCAAAGGUGGAAGAAAUGAAAAAUACUCAAAGCUCAAGACCAAAUAUAAGGCCUUGAAAGCACAAGUGGCUGAGCCGAGUAAGAAAGUUGAAAAAGAUGAGAAGAGUUUGAUAGCCAAAGACUGGGCUGAGAGUGCCACUUCCUCUGAUGAUGAGAAGUAUAAGGAUGCCAAGUGCUUUAUGGCUAAAGAAAAGUUUGCUGAGGAUCUUGUCAAGAUUCAACAGCAAUCUGAGUUAGCUCACAAGGCAUCUUCAAGUCAGACUGCUCCACCUGAGGUAAAUAUCUUUUCUAAUCUGUGUGACAAUGAAAAACUAUCAAGGCUAAAUAGACUUGGUGAUGAGGUUCUCUUGCAAAAACACUUUAAUCAAGAACUUAAAAAGGAAAUUUCAAUUUUAAAACAAGAAGUAAGCUCAAAGAUUUUCACCAUUGAAAAGCUUGAAUCUGAAGUAAAAGCUCAAAAACAAUUAAAUGCUAUCUUGGUCACUGAAGCUAAAACUUUAGAAGAAAAAGCUGCAAAAUGUGUCAAUGUGCAAGUUCCUCAUCAAGUUCAAGCUAUUUUUGAUGGUGACUAUGAUAGAGCUAUUGCUAUCAGUGAAGUCUGUGCCAUGGAACCUUGUUAUCAGCCUCCUUCACCACCCAAAGUCCAAACCAAAGGAGAGAACUCUAAACAAAUUAUAUUGGUUCAGAAGUCUGGUAAUGGUUUUAAUGAUCCUGAGAAAGUUGGUCAAACCAUUGCUGAAGCUGUGUCUGAAUCUGAUAGGGUAGUUGAAUUAAAACCCGAGGAAACUCUUGAUUUAUCAAACCUAUCAAUUACCCAAUCUGUGUCAAAUUCAAAAUUUAAGUCAAACAAUGGUGAAUCAAAAAGAAAUAAAAGGAAGAUUAGAGAUCAUGUUGUUCUAAAAGAAAAGAGCAAAAUUCUGAAGAAUAAGAAGUCUCUUUCAAAUGGAAAUGUUUUACCAACCGAAUCUGUGUCUAAUCCAAACCACCUCAAAUCUGACUCUGACAAAAUAAUUUCUAAAUAUGUUGAGUCCAGAAAAGGUAAGAUUUCUAAUGACACUAAUUUACUUACAAGUGUGUCUGAUUCAAAUAUUGUUGAUCAAAGUAAAUUAAGGUCUGAAUGUAAGAAAUCUGGAAUAGGCAAAGGUUUGGUUCAAGAGGAAACUCUAAAUGUUGCAAGAAAGAAUUUCAAAUCUGGCAAGGGUCAGGUUAAGCAACAAUGGGUUUCUAAAUGUGAUAAGAAUAUUGGUUCUGUUUCCCAAUCUGAGUCAGACCCUGUGGUCAGCUCUGGUGAACCCAUCCUUAGAGGGGUCCCAAAAUGA